GGUGAACCCACAUGUCAACUUCCUCUUUCUUUUGAGAAAACUUCGCGUGUGCUUGUUCUCUCUGAGCUAAGGCCAUUUGGCGACUUGCACAAUUAACUAAUUACAAAAUACAUCAAAAAUGACUUCAACAGCCGAACUCGCUUGCGUCUAUUCCGCCCUCAUCUUGGCUGACGACGAUAUUGCCGUUACCGGCGAGAAGAUUCAAACAAUCUUGAAAGCCGCUAACGUCGAUGUCGAGCCCUACUGGCCUGGCCUCUUCGCCAAGUCGCUCGAGGGUGUCAACAUCAAGGAACUGAUCACCAAGAUUGGCUCCGGUGUUGGGGCUGCCCCAGCUGCUGCCGCGUCCGCCGCCGCACCGGCUGCGGCUGCUGCUGCCCCAGCCAAGGAGGAGAAGAAAAAAGAGGAAGAGCCUGAAGAAUCCGACGAUGACAUGGGUCUGGGACUCUUUGAUUAAACUGGAGUUUCGUUAUGGAAAUGUACAAUUUGUAUUUUAAGUAAUAAAACUCUUUUUUAAAUUA